CUUUGUAAAAGAACACUUUUCAAGUGCUGUCCGGACAAGCUGCACCUCUCCUGGUGCCUGGAUUCUGUAUGGCUUCAAUGCGUCCUAGCAUCUUCUUCAGCCUGCUGGCUUUGUUUGCACUGCCAUUUUGUUUAUGUCAAGAUGAACAGGCGGAGGUGAGGAGAAGAACUAUUAAACCAGUUGCCCGUAUAGUUGGGAGUCAUCAACAGCGGAUGGGCAGUAAUGUACCCACCAGGGAAGUGGUAGGAGAGCGGAAUCUACUGGUUGAGACAUUUUCCAUUAGUACCUCUACAGAUGAGGUUUUGAUGAAACAAGAGGUAGAUGAUCUAGAGCAAACCUCACACAGAGUCCAGACACCACAACAGCCAGACUGCAGUAGCUGCUGCAGAGGGGAUUUUGGAUAUAGAUAUCAUCAGCCAAUUGCUGGCCCACCCGGCUUAGCUGGAUCGCCGGGUAUACCAGGAAAUCAUGGGAACAAUGGAAACAAUGGAGCAACAGGGCAAGAUGGGCCAAAAGGUGAAAAAGGAGAUAAGGGGGACAUGGGCCCAAGAGGAGAGCGUGGUCAUAAUGGGAUAAAGGGAGAAAAAGGUUUUCCCGGGGUUCCUUCCGAACUGCAGGUAGCCUUUAUGGCCUCAAUGGCAACCCACUUCAGCAAUAUCAAUAGCGGGAUCAUUUUCAGCAGUGUUGAAACGAAUGUUGGAAACUUUUUUGAUGUCAUGACUGGAAGGUUUACAGCUCCUAUAACAGGAGUGUACUUCUUUACUUUCAGCAUGCUGAAGCAUGAAGAGGUGGAAGAUGUCUAUGUCUACCUCAUGCAUAAUGGAAAUACUAUAGUUAGCAUGUACAGCUUUGAGUCAAAAGGUAAGCAAGACACUUCAGGGAACAACGCUGUAUUAAAGCUGUCAAAAGAUGAUGAAGUCUGGCUGAGGAUGGGGACUGGAGCUCUGCAUGGAGACCACCAACGUUACUGUACCUUCUGCGGAUUCCUCCUCUUUGAGACAAAAUAAAAAUAUACUUUUGUACGAUA